GACACAGUACUUCGUGCUGGAAUCCCUCGGCAGUCAUUUGCUGUAGGGGCCCUGGCGAUUCACAACUUGACUUCGAAGGAAAGGACGAUAAAACUCACGAUGAUCUGCACCUUGGUGUUCGUUCUCGUCGCCUCCACCUUCGGGAUGUCGGCUGCUGUCGGCUCGGACGGCGGGUCCGAAGUAGUGGUUGCAAGGAUGGACGGUCUCGGCACCAGCUCGAUCCAGGCAGAGAACCUCCCCGAGAUGGCCCAGAUGAGUGUGUGUUUAAGGGUGAAACUUCUGCAGUGGUCAAUGCCUUCCUUCGUUCUUACUUACGCCAGCAACUCGACACAGGAUCUCGCUCUAGCUUUCCUGAUGCACAAACGCUCCAUCUUCUUCCACUGCUGCAACGGGAGCAUCGAGGUCCUUAUCCCAGCGGAUUUGAACCUCUUCCUGUGGCAUCAUGCCUGCUUCUCGUUCGAUCUGCUCGAAAACACGCUCCUUAUCUUGCUGGACGAUAAGGUUUUCUCGCCCGCACUCCCGAACCGGAACACGCAAAGGCCGGUGACACUGCCAGGCGGAAGGCGUCUUCUCCUUGGGCAGCGGAGCCCAGGACAGGCAAGUACUGCUUGGAACUCCCUCCGCGGCGAAAUGGCAGAGUUUCGUCUCUACAACACCUCUCUCCCUCGAGACAAACUGCAGGAGUAUGUGGCGUGUCACGAGAUGAACACCAGUUCGGAGCCACUUCUUAGCUUUGACGACUUGACAGAUUUCACCAUAAACAGCGAGGGAAUAUUUGGCUCCGUGUCACGAGGAGCCCUUUGCCAGAGAAAACCCUACCAUCUGCAUCUCAUAACCAUAAAGUACAGCUUCGAGGAAUCGCGGAGAGCGUGCGAGAUGUUCGGCGGCCGCCUCGCCACCGCCCCGACCGCCGAGGAAACGGAACUCAUCGCCGAGCAGUUUUCGGAGUUCAGGCAGCAGUGCGUCACGCCCAGGGGGACCUUCUACUGGCUCGGCCUCCAGUUCGACCCCGCGAAGAAGGCCUGGCUGGAUAUCGCCACCCUGUCGCCCCUUCCUCCGCGCGAUGCCUCGGACGCGAGCGAGCCCCCGUUUCCCUGCGCCACGGCGGGAAACCCCCUCCUUCCAUCGUGGCAUUCAACCAGCUGCGACGCCCUUUCGUGCCCGCUGUGUAACGUCUCCAGUCACGUUGUGCUCCUCCUGCGGGGCCUGUGUAAGGAGUCCAAGUUCGACCGGUCCUUCAGCGCCUACGGCUACCACAAUGGCAAGCCGGCUUUCGAGGGCUUUCAGUGCAGCCGGCUGGUGUGGGACAACGCCACGUGGGUUCUGUCCACUCGCCUGAGCCGGGACACAACGGCGCGGCCGAUCUCCUUGCUGUCCUCGCGGAGCCCGCCCUUCGGCUACAAGCUCUGGAGCAUCGAGGGCGACAACUGCGGCCAGAGCAAGGCGACGCUGCUGCUAACGCCGUGCGCGGAGGGUCAGUUCACCUGCUCCGACUUCGCCUGCAUCCCCAUCGCCCUCCGCUGCGACCGGUCACCCGACUGCGCCGACAGCUCCGACGAACAUAACUGCCAGAAGGUCUUCCUCGGCGAGGGCUACUCGAAAUCCAUCCCUCCGCCGAGUACGAGCGACUCCCAGCCCUUGCACUUGAACGUGACUUUCUCAGUUACGGCCAUUCGAGAGUUCAGUUUGGUGGGCUUCAGGAUGUCACUCGAUGGUGUGUUGCGCUGCACGUGGCGCGACGCGAGGCUCAGCUUCGCCAACUUGCACAGCAAUUCCAUGUUGAAUGAUAUCAAGGUGGGAUGA